GUAUUUUUAUAGUCAAAACCUCAAUGCUAUCCAUAAGCUAUUAUAUACUAUCCAAUAUUGAAAGUGUUAUUUAAAUAUCAGUUGUACAACAUUUAAUCAAAAAUUGUUGUUCUAAUUUCUUGAAAAUCGUAUAUCAUACUAGGGCAAAGUAAAAUAAUUUUAUUUUUAUUGUAAACGUUCCUUUUAAUCAUGAUUAAGCCAGUAACACAUGUUCUGUUUGAUAUGGAUGGCUUAUUAUUAAAUACUGAGGAUUUAUACACGGUAGCAUUUCAGAACAUUGUUUCACAAUAUGGUAAAGAUUACACAUUUAAUUUAAAAUUAAAAUUAAUGGGAUCUCAAGCCCAUGAGACAGCACAAACAAUUGUUUCUGAGCUGGAAUUACCAAUAACGCCAGAAGAAUUCAUACAUGAAAGUAAAAAACAGUUUGAAGUGUUGUUUCCAGAUACAAAUGUUAUGCCAGGUGCAAAGAAACUUAUUGAGCAUUUACAUAAUAAAGGUAUACCACUAGGACUGGCAACCAGUUCAAGUGAAGAAAGCUAUCAUUUGAAAGUUGAUAAGCACCACCAAGCAUUAUUUUCUUUACUUCCAUACAAAACAUUUGGUUCUUCAGAUCCCAAUGUUAAAAACGGAAAGCCACACCCAGACAUAUUUUUAGUAGCUGCUUCAAAAUUUCCAGAAAAACCUCAAGCUGAGCAGUGCCUAGUCUUUGAGGAUGCUGUUAAUGGUGUAAAGGCAGCAAGGGCAGCUGGCAUGCAAGUUGUUAUGGUUCCUGAUCCCCGAGUAGACAAGAGUCUGACAAAAGAAGCCACUAUUGUCUUACAAAGCUUAGAGCACUUUAAACCAGAAAUAUUUGGAUUACCACCAUUUGAAGAUUAAACAAUAAACCAAAAUAAGUU